AUGAGAUCCUCCUCGAAAGCAAAGACAGAUGUGGUAAUUAAACGGCAGAAGAAGAAGUCCAUUGCAUGCCGUCGAUGUCAUACCCACAAGAUCAAGUGCUCCGGAGGACAGCCUUGUACUAAAUGCCGGACUGCAGGGUGUGCUACCGAGUGCACUUAUGUCAAUCGGGAUCGACAAAUCAAGGUGCAUGAAAGCUAUAUUGACCAAUUGGCUGCGGAGAAUGAGCGCUUGCGGGAACAGAUAUCGCAUUCUCCAGUGUCUGUCACCCCCAGUGAUACUAUAAAUGUCCAAGGUCAAACACACACAGCGCACCUCCCUGAUGCAACGACGCAGGUUCAAAAUCCAAUGCUUGGAGAACGGGCAUGGUUCCAACCAUAUGAUCCAUCUGCUCCACCGAUUUAUGUUGCUGAAGCAGCGUGCACGGCCUUUGCCACACGACUGCGCCAGGUUUUGACUAAGGACAAAACAACCUCGCAUAUGGCUCGUACCCAAUAUACAUCCGAGGCGACUCUGAUGAAAAUUCGCAAUCCCGCAAUUGAAUGGCCAACUCAUGCACAGGCCCGACUAUUAACCCAAAUUGUCUUCAACCAGGUCAGUCGAGUCUAUCACCUGGUCCUCCGCAAGUCUACCCUUGAGGAGCUGGAUGAGGCAUAUCGUACAGAGGGCUUCGACGAUCCAGUUAUGACGUGCAAGUUCUUUUCUCUGUUUGCUCUUGGGGAGGUCUACUCCGCUCGAUCGAAUUCGACUCUUGAUUGCGGUGUUCCUGGCGCGGCGUACUAUGUGAACGCGAUGACGCUGAUUCCCAUCUUGCCCGAGCGCCCGAGUCUGACCCACAUCGAAUCCAUCCUUUUAUUGUCUCUUUACUCGUAUUUCCUAAAUCGUCGACACUCCGCAUUUCUACUGGUGGGAAGCGCCAUGCGACUGGGAUUGACCCUGGGGUUGAACUACGAUAUCCCCGAAUGCCAGUGCCCCAACCCCGUCGAUCGUCAGCAUCGGAUCCGCUUAUGGUGGGCGAUUUAUGUCUUCGAUCGCAUGUAUGGGUCUAAAGCAGGUUGGCCUAUCCAGAUCGCCGAUGACGAUAUUAACGUGGAGAUGCCGUCCGAUGUCCCCGGCGACAUACAUGACGAGCAGUUUUCCGAUACAAAGUUCCUAACUGCCAGUAUCCAAUUAGCGCAGAUCACUGGUCAAGUGAUUGAGAAGGUUUACAGCCGUAAGAAACAGCCUGAUUCAUUUCUACAAAGAGAACAGAAGCUGCUGAUGUCGCUCAAGCAAUGGGCGCAGGCAUUACCUCUGCACCUUAGGCUGAAUCGCGACGGGCCGAUUCCCAAGAAUGUGAUUUCGCUGCAUCUUCAAUUUAACCAGUGUAUCAUUUUGGCGACGCGACCGAUUCUUUUGUAUAGCCUCAUUCAAUCGCGCGAUUCCUCGGCAGCCGGUGAGGAUCAUACCUCGCAGAGCCAUGCGCAGACACUUAAGACGCUCAGUGAUGCAUGCAUUCAUGCUGCAAGGCACAACCACUCACUGACUGUGGACGAAUGGAUCAAUGGAUCCUUACCGAUCUUUGGGUACUUCUAUGCCCACUAUCUGUUCUCUACGGCCCUGGUCAUGGUAAUCUCUAGCCAAAUCCAUCCCGAUAACUAUAGCGACUACGAGCUGUUUGAGACGUCCCUCGAAAUCCUCCACGCUAUGAGCGACCACGGAAACUUGGCGGCAGCCGAGUUCUACGACAAUCUUGAAUGUGUGCGACAAUGUAUACACCAGAAACAAGGCUUGGCUACCCAUCAAUCAUUGCCAGCGGUGCCCAGUCGCACCUCCGAACAGCCUCAUCCCACGCCGAAUCUAGGUUUGCUUCCCGAUCAGCCCGAGAGGGGCCUCAGCGACCUGGGUCUCCCAACCGGUACCGGUCUUCCGGAAACUAGCCUGCCCAGCAAUAUAAAUAACGAGAUGAUCUUCUUGGAUGAAAGCAUGGAAGAAUUUCUUGCGCAGCCCGACCUGGACUUUGGGCCGCUGGAUCCUUCGGGGAUACCGAUCAAUGUGGCUGACGCGGUGUAUUCUUGGCCGAGCUUCUCGCUGUGGACGGCAUGA